AACAACCAGAGCAGUUCGCAGGCAACAGAUCAGGCCUACAUCUACUCUAAAGAAGAAAAAAAAACACUCACACUGCAUACGGUUCUUUGACUGAAAUGCCAGGAUUGUCAUCUGUAAUCAGAAAGUGGACCUGCUUCUCACACACAGUCACGUCCAUGUUGCUGUUUCGUUUUCCAUAAGAGGACUGAGAAGUUUCAGUUGCAGAGGAAACUUGUUGCUCUACAGAGUCUGGAAACUUUGAGGCGUGAAACCAGAGCAGAAAGUAUCCAUCCUCCACUCUGAUUCCCAAACCCCGCACCCUCCAGUUUCUCCUGGCUCUUCCCCUGCCCCCUGCGCGCCCGCUUCAGCUGCCCUUCCUCAAUCCCUCACUGGGACAUCCCAGGAGCAGAUAACCAUGGCAAACAGCACAACUGUAGGCUUCACUGAGACCGCCAAUGACAAAACAGCAGGCGCCGAAGUGGACGAUGGAUCCUUUGACGCCAUCCUGGGAGGCGUCAUUGCUGCGGUGAUCUUGGUUCUGAUCUGCCUGGCGGUGGUGCUGUGUCGCUACAUGUACCGGCACAAGGGCACCUACCACACCAAUGAGGCCAAGGGCACGGAGUUUGCCGAGACGGCCGACUCCGCACUCAAGAAUGACCCCUCCCUGCAGGAAGCCAUGGAUGAGAGCAAGAAGGAGUACUUCAUAUGAGAUUCAAGGACAUCCCAAAAGAGUAUCCACAUUGGGGUUCUCUACAUGGGACAUUGGAAGAAAGACCCAAAAGUGCCAUUGAACUCUCUAAGUUUUUACUAGAAAAGGCACUCUCCUACUUUCACCCCACCCGCCCCUAAGUGAGCCCCCAAGCAUGCACCGCCCAAUGCUUACAGACCUAUGAAAAGACAUUUAAAGCAUGUUUUUUAGCUGACUUCUAUUUCAUACUUUUUAUGCUGCAGCAAACUCAGUACUUUAAUAUAGAACCACCUUACAUUAUUUUUGUAGUCCCCCCAGCAGACAGUGUCUGCAGUAAAAUGGGUACACUUUAAAAAAAAAACAAACUGAAAAACUGGGUGAUCAGUGGCUGCAGCUAACAGCUUUUUCAGAACAAUUAGACACCCUCCCUCCUCGAAAAUCAUUGUCCAGCAUUUUACACUGGGUUGAGUUUUCAGUGCAAGCAAAAGGGUCUUCAUAACCAAAAACCUGCAGUGCCAAUACCAAAGUGAGUCACAAAGAGAUUCCUCACUGUGCAGUUAAUACAUCGCCAGUCUGUCCCUGCAUUGGUGAAGAUGGAAAUGAGGAACAGAAAUACAAUCAUUCAAAGGUGAUUAUAUGCAGAGGGUGGUGCACCUAGUUGUCAGAGACUUCUGUGCUUUCUCUCUGAGAAUAAGACCAAUGUUUAAAAAAUGUUUAUAGAUAUGUGGAUUUAGAAGAAGGACUCCUUGAUGCCAGCCAUGGUGGUAGACACAGCCCGGGAUCGCAUUCAGCAAGCAUGGCUACGGAUGGCUGCUGCCACUUCACACACUCUGGGCUCGAGCAGCUGACAGCUCAAACGUCCACUUCAAAGGCUUGUCUGGUGCCAUGCUUCUUCUUCUGGGACCCAGUAGUCAAUGCAGGCCUACUGGUCUGAUCACUAGUAAACCAAAUAACCAACACACCCCACGUGGGUUCCAGAUUUCCCCAAAUUAAGAUGAAAUUUGUUUGCAUCACAAUUCAGCUAUCACUGUCCCUCCCUCCUUUUGUAUAUCAUUAUUGUUUACUAUAUUUUAUAUUGGAACCCUAUAAUGUUUUAUUAUCCAUAAACCAUAAUCAGCAUUGGCUUUACAGUGUAUAGGGUUUUUUUCUGUUGUCUGUUGUGGAGUUAUUUGAAACGUAUAUUGACUGGAGAAGGAGAAAUGAUGUAUUUCAGUCAGAACAUAAUCACCAAUCUAAUGAUAAAACUGUUCAAUCCUGGAAAUGGAGGAGGAUAUAUAGUAUUGUCUAAAAAUGAUCACUUGUACCACAGGGCACCUUGGGGAAAGAGACAUUUCUGGGUUUCAAGGUCAGGUAAUUUUGAUUGAAACUGGCCCCAUCCAGGACAAACCUGACCUUCUUCUAAUCAAAGCACUCAGCUGGUCUCUCAUUUAAAACCUUGGGAUUAUGUACUGUGAUGUACAAGAGAGGGGUGAAUGUUCAAAGCCAUAAUCACAUCUUUGCACCAUUAUUCACUGGAAUGUAGCAUGGUGCUUUUCAGGGCCUUAGUAGAAAAGCUUAAAACUGCCUUUAUUACAGUUGCAUUACAUUGCAAUUUAAAUCUGAGCUCUUUUUUAGUGAAAUAGCUUUUCAUGUGUGAUGCUGUUUUGUUUUAUUGUGGAAUGACACUGAACAAAGGAUGCCAAACACAAAGUCAUUACUUUUAUAUCUGGGAUAUAGGCAUGUGCAUUUGUAAAAGAAAUGGUCACUGAGAAUAAGGCUUGAACACAAAUCUAAUUUACUCUCAACACCCCCGGUAUUUCUCUAGUGCUGUUCAUUAUUGCAAGGCCGUUUUAACUAUCUCAUUAGCCCUUAACGAGCGCUCCAGAAGUGUCUUUGUCUUUUUUGAUUGUUGU